AGAGACUGUUAAAAAAACAAAGAUUCAUACUUUGUUUAUCCUAAUGCUUUGGUACAAUUGCAGGAUAGUGCAAUCAGAUAUACAUAUGUCAUCAUCCAACCUGGCUCCAUUUCAGGAUAUAACCAACAAGCAAACCCAAAGAGAUCCUAAAGAGGUCAAGAGGCAGAGGGAGAGAGAAAGGUAUGCACAAAAUAAAGACGAGAUCUUAAAGCGCCGACGGGAAUUACGGGAACUCAAAAAACAGUCAACGACCACCGUCAAUGAUGAAAACAUGUUCUGUCCUACGCAGGCCAUUACACAAUCUGGAGUCACCCAGAUACAAACUGAAGGUAUGGCUCCAGUUCAACGUGAUGCAUCUCAAAUAUCUGUGCCACACAAUUCACAACAACAUGAGGUCUUUUCUUUGGUGUGUCAUGACGAUGAGUCCGAGUGGCUGCAUAGAAAUGAUGCAUACCGCAUGCGGGUGACAGCAAGAGGAAAUGCCCACACAACAGGAUCACCCACCCAGUUAUCGGGUAACCUAAUACAUCUAAUCAUGUCUUUUUUUCGCAAACAUAUAGGUUCCAUAUUCUCCGCGCUCAUGUUACAGGUGUUAAUGUGCUGAUUAUAUUCUAGGUUGCGAUAAUGUUUCACUCGAUCUACCGGCAACA